AUGAGAGAUGGAAACUCAAAGAAAAGCAAGUUUUCAUGGCCCAAGACACUAGUCAAGAAAUGGCUCAACAUCAAAGGCAAAACUGAGGACUAUCAUGCUGAUGACAUCAUCUACCAAGGUGUUGAUGGAGAAUGGAGCAAUUUUUCAGAGAGGGAGGCAUGCACUAUCAAGAAAAGCAAAACAGAGAAAUCGUCUAGACGAAACUCGGACCGUAUUCGAACUAAGAUCGAUCUUGAUGCCUCCCAGAUUACAGAUGUGCAGAAUUAUAAAAUCUUUGCUGCAACAUGGAAUGUGGCUGGAAAAUCUCCACCUAAUUAUUUAAAUCUCGAAGAAUGGCUCCACACUUCGCCUCCGGCCGACAUUUAUGUCCUCGGGUUUCAAGAAAUAGUCCCACUUAAUGCCGGUAAUGUCUUGGGCACAGAAGAUAACAUCCCGGCUCGAAAAUGGCUUGCCCUUAUCCGCAAAACCUUAAACAGCUUGCCCGGUUAUGGAGUAGAAAGUUACCGGACUACCCCAUCUCCAGUCCCGAACCCGAUUGUCGAGCUCGAUUUCGAUUUCGAAGGGUCGAGCAGAGAAAAAAAUCGGCCCCCGUCUUUUUUUCACCGCGGCUCUUUUCAGUCAUUGAGUCGAAGCAUGAGGAUUAUGGAAAACGAAGGCUCGAAGCUCGAUCGACGGUUUAGUGUCUGUGAUCGGGUGAUUUACGGUCAUAGGCCAAGUGACUGUUUUUAUGAUGAAAAUGGGUCGUCUGACGAGGAAAACGGGUCGCCUUAUUAUGCACAUUGUAAUAACUCGCCCGUUUCCUCGGAGGAUAAUAGAGAUAGAAAUUUAGGAAAGUCCAUGAGGCAUUAUUGCUUGGUUGCUAGCAAACAGAUGGUGGGGAUAUUUCUUACCGUGUGGGUAAAGAGCGAUUUACGAGAUGCCGUACGGAAUUUGAAAGUGUCGUGUGUUGGGAGAGGUUUGAUGGGUUAUCUUGGCAAUAAGGGCUCGAUUUCAAUAAGCAUGUCUUUGCACCAAACGAGCUUUUGCUUCGUUUGUAGUCAUUUGACUUCGGGUGAGAAGGAUGGGGAUGAGCUAAGGAGAAACUCGGACGUUAUGGAGAUUUUGAGGAAAACGAGGUUUCCACGCGUUCAAGAUGAGAAUGAGAAUUCCCCCGAAACUAUACUCGAACAUGAUCGAAUCAUAUGGCUCGGGGACUUGAAUUACCGAAUAGCUCUUUCUUACCGAUGUGCAAAGGCUCUCGUCGAGAUGCGUAACUGGCGAGCUUUGCUUGAAAACGACCAGCUUCGUAUAGAACAGAGAAAUGGGAGGGUCUUUACCGGAUGGAAUGAAGGGAGAAUAUAUUUUCCUCCAACUUAUAAAUAUUCGAAUAAUUCAGACAGAUAUGCCGGGGAAAAUAUGCAUCCGAAAGAGAAAAGACGAACCCCAGCAUGGUGUGAUCGUAUAUUAUGGUACGGUCGAGGCCUUCAGCAACUAUCGUAUGUUCGUGGGGAAUCGAGGUACAAAUCUUAUGAGAGUUUACGUGAGAAAACGAUGGCUCGGGCGAUUUUCCCUUUCGUUCAAGAGGAUAAUAAUAAAGUGAACAAAUUAGCCAUCAAGAAAACAAGAUUUUCUUAG